CGUCUUCCUCUCCCCCCCUCCUCCCCCCCCGCUCCUUUGCCCCGCGGCGGUGGCCGCGCUGGUAUGAGGAGAGCGGAGCCGGGGAGGGGGAGGCGGAGGUUUUGCGAGGUGCCACCAUGUCGCUGCUGCCACGCAUCGAGAGGCUUUCGUCGCGGGUGGUGCGGGUGCUGGGCUGCAACCCGGGGCCCAUGACCCUGCAGGGCACCAACACCUACCUGGUGGGCACCGGGGCCAGGAGAGUCCUUAUUGACACUGGAGAACCAAGUAUUCCUGAAUAUAUUCGCUGUUUAAAGCAGGCACUGUCAGAGUUCAACAUCGCAAUUCAAGAAGUUGUAGUGACACACUGGCAUGGUGAUCAUACUGGUGGAAUACCUGAUAUCUGCAAAUCCAUCCCUAGUGACCGUGAAUAUCGCAUCUCUAAGCUUCCUCGUGUCCCUCACCGUGAUGAAACAAUAGAAGGAGGAUAUAAAUAUUUUUAUCUUAAAGAGGGAGAUGUGAUAGAGACUGAGGGAGCCACACUGAGAGUUUUAUAUACACCUGGGCAUACUGAUGACCAUAUGGCUUUACACCUAGAAGAAGAAAAUGCUUUGUUUUCCGGUGACUGUAUUUUAGGGGAAGGAACAGCAAUAAUUGAAGACCUGUCUGAAUACAUGAAGACUUUGAAAAGUUUGUUAGAAAUGAAACUAGAUUUAAUAUAUCCAGGUCACGGCCCAGUAGUACACGAUGCAAGUGCUAGAAUCCAAACUUACAUUUCUCACCGAAAAGCACGUGAACAGCAAAUUCUAAAUGUUUUCCAGAAGAAUGCUGGAAAAUCAUAUACAUCCUCGGAGCUUCUAAACUUAGUAUACAAGGAUAUCCCUGAAAGUUUAGUUUCAGCAGCAUCAAUGAACCUCCUAGUCCACAUGAAGAAGUUGGAAAAAGAAAAGAAAGUGUGUAAGUUGCAGACAGAGGGGUGGAACCCGGAGGGUCAUUUUCAUUUUCUGUGCCAUGUUUCUCAUUUUAUUCUAGAGCAUUAUAUUUUUUGUUUCCUGGGGAAAAAGUCUUGCAAUUAGUAGCAGCAGCUGUUUUUCAGACAAUUUGAAGUAGAAUUAUAUACAGUAAGUGGUUAAUGUAGAAAAUAUUUUAAGAAGUAUUUUUGACAUGCUUAGAGCAGAGAUUACUGCAAUGCAUAUACCUUUAAAUUUUCAUUUAAAACAUACCUUGGAAAACACUCCUGAUGCUGUUAUUUAUGCCUUUGUGUAUUUUCUGAAAUUCGUAGUUACAUAUGCAUGUACAUAGCAUUUCAUAGGAUUACCUUUUAAGUUUCUCCCUUUCCUAAAUGUGUAUCAUUUAUAUAAGUGUUCUAGAGAUGGUUAAAAUCACUCAGUAUAAAUUUUUACCAUUUCUGAUUAAUACAUUACUUAAGUAGAGCAAAUGUAUUUAGUUUACUGGUUUUACAUUUUGCCUUUACUUUUAGUGAAAAAGGUGAGGCAUUCUGUUUCUGUAGUGGCAUAUGCGUUUGGAAAUGUUAUUCCGCCAGAAGCUAAGGAAAAAAUAUCUUUCUGCACAUUGCAUAACUGCAGCCAGAACUGUCUACUUUUAAGUCAAUAAUCAAAUGAAUAUGAAAAUUCUUUCAGAUUUUCAGUGUAUGCCAACCUGAAUAACUGCAUGAAAUUAGUGUAUUUUUUCCAACUUAGACCUUCUGUUUGUUUAAAUCAUAAAUUGGCUACGAGGUACUAGAACAAUUGAGACUUAAUUUUUGUAACAAUAAUAACCUGCUCUUUUAUUCAAAGAAAAUACACUAAUCCUACAAAAUCAGUCAUUACUGAAGUUUAGAAAUUUAUAUUAUUGACCUACACAUUUCUCCAGUUUGGCUCCACUAGAUUCCUCUAGGUUGUCAGGCACUGUUGACUAUGUACCCCUUCCUUUCACUGCCAAAGCAGCUCAAGCAACAGUGUUUUCUGUUUAGAUGAAGUAGUGGAUAAAUUAGCUUUCUCUUUAAAGGUAGACUUGCAGUCUUUCCUACACGGACUGAGUGUAUGCAUCUUAAAUGUCCAGGAAUUAUUUUGUCUGAGUAAGCUAAUGACUUUCCUCUCUUAGACUGGGGGCAGGGGAGCAAGGGUGGGUUUGGUUGGUUGGCACUUUUUUCCCAGAACAAUCUUUUCCUGCUUGCUUAGCAAAACUAGCUCAGCUCUCCUCAGAAAUCACCUUUGAAUUUUGAAGAGACUGCAGAUGUGGAGUUUUUAAUCUUCAAUUUUUGCUCUUGGAGAGGGAGGAAGGCAGGAAAGGAGCCUCAUCAGAACUCUUGGGUUUUUCUGUGUUGAUAUCUGCAGUGUGGAAACAGUUGUUAAUUUUUUAAAUACAAGCUCAGACCCAGAUCUACGAUAAACAAUGUCAUGUGGCCUUUGUCAGUUUUUCAGUUCAGAUUAAGGAAGUCUGUUAAGGAAAAUUGAUUCUGUUGGUUCAGAGCACGUAGCAUACAAAUGUUUGCAUACUCGUGUUACUUGUUCAUUUGAUUUUGAUGUAUGUCCUUUCCACAUAGUCUGAGUUGCUCUAUUUCAAGUUUUGUUCUCAUUAUGGAAGACUAGAGUUGCAGUCAUAACACUGCCUGCUUAAUUUUCACAAAAUAUUUUUCCAAAGAAGCAUGUUGUCAUUACCAUUAAUGAAUGUGACAGGCAUAUUACAAUGUUACAAAGGAGCUACUCCAUGCAAAUUAUGGCCAUAUGUUGUCUGUUUCAGUUAUUAAUUCACUACUUCAUUCUAGGGAUUGCAGUUUAUGUUGCUACAUAGCUUCUAUAACUUCAGUUAGGAGUGAUAGUGCCUUUACAGAUUUGCUUUUCUCAAUUAAUACAGAAGAAGAAUAAUGUCUUGUAUACAGGAGCGUGGCACAAUACACGCAUGUAAGCUUUCUCCUAUGUUUAAAUAUAAAUACUUUGGUUGUUUUUUCACAUCUUUAAAACAAAGCUGAUGAAGACAAUAAUAAUUUCACUGUUCUUAACUUAGCAGGACAGGGGCUUUUUUCUUUAAAGUUCAUAAAUUUCAGAAAAUGCAACAGGUGCUUCACUACCUCAAAUUUCUUAAUAUCUAGAAAUUUUAACAUUCUGAACUUUAAAUAACUGUAGGAGUAGUAAACCCUUUUUUUAUUAGUCAUUCUUUAUAUUGCCAGGUUACAUUGUGAAACAGUUAACGUUUAUGACCUUCCAUUAAAAUUCCACACUGCCCUGAAGGAAAGUAUUCCAAUAGUUUUAAUGUAAAGUGGCAUGUACAGACAUACAUAUGCAUGUACAGUUUAAGUUUGAGGUAAUCUAAUGUUUAUAUACAGCAUCUAAGUGUUACUUUGUGACUAAUUUGGUCUUUUUUCA